AUGUCUUCCAAAUACUUACCAGUGUUGCUCCUUCUCGGAGUGGUUCUUUUCAUCACUUCCUCACUUGCUGAUAACCAUCAUGAGCCUCCCAAAAAUGAGCAUAAGCCACCAGAACACAAACCACCAAAUCACAAACCACCUCACGGACACAUGUUGGUAGAGGAGGUUGAGGACUCACACAAGCCCAAUUUCCCAGGACAUGGUGGCAAGGGUGAGAAGCAACCACCCAACAAGCCUAAUUUCCCAGGACACGGUGGCAAGGGAGAGAAGCAACCACCAAAACACAAGCCACCGCAUGGAAACAUGUUGGUGGAGGAAGCUGAUGACUCACAUAAGCCUAAUUUCCCAGGACAUGGUGGCAAGGGAGAGAAGCAACCACCCAAACACAAGCCACCGCAUGGACACAUGUUGGAGGAGGAAGUUGAGGACUCACACAAGCCUAAUUUCCCAGGACAUGGUGGCAAGGGAGAGGAGCAACCACCCAACAAACCUAAUUUCCCUGGCCACGGUGGCAAGGGAGAGAAGGAGCCACCAAAGCACAAGCCGCCAACUCACGGAGAAGUUGAGGAUUCACAUAAGCCACCCAGGAAGCUGAAGCCACCAACUCAUGGAGAGAAGGAACCAAAGCCCUACCACAAGCCACCCCAUAAGCCCCCAUCUGCCAAUUGA